AUGGACACGAGCGCCACCGCGGGGACGGGUACUGCGCCGCCGCCGGUGGGUCUCCCCGAGGGGACCAGCCGGGAACUGCUGCGGCUGGGAGGCGGCGCCGCCCAGCUCCACCUCUUGUGCGGUGGCGCCGACGAGUCGGUGCCCCGCGUGCGAUGCGGUGGCUUCGUCGUGGUCGCCGCCAGAAGGGCUGGCAGCCCCCUCUCCCUGGUGGGUUGCGCCGUUGGGGAGCUCCAGUGGCCCCUCGCCGGCGACUCCCCAGUUCUCCGAGUGGGGCCGAGGAAGUUCUCCUUCGCCUUCCCGGGGUUCUUCUACGGCCUGACUCUCCCCGAGGGCUGCGCCGACGGGGAGCUGGCGGCGCUGAUCACCAUCCUCAAGACCUUCUGCAACUACCAGGACCACGCCGGGGAACGAGGCAAGUCAUCCGUCACCACCUAGCUCGAAGAUCGCCAGCGAACCAGUCGAGUGAUUCUACUAACAGUGGGCUCCGCUUCAUGCUCCGUGAACGCAGACGACGACUUCUGCAGCCGGGAUUCGGAGGUGGAGUUCUGGGCCAUGGCGUACGCGAAGAUAAGGAGCCUCUCCGUCGGGGCGGCGGCGCCGCCGCCCCUGAACGCCGCGGGGAGGGAGCAGACGGCGGCGAAGAUGCAGAGGGCGCUGAGGGCGUCCGCCGCCACCAAGCUGGUCGCCAAGGUCCUCGUGCAGGACGCCAUUGAUCCCGGCCGCCACAUCGAGCUGGCCGGCGGCGCCGCUGCGCCGGGGGGGCGGCCCUACGUCCUCGCCGGGAUCCGGGCGGUCUCUGACGUCGUCGACGCCGUGGAGGCGGCGAGGGGUAUCGGGGUUGGUGGCUGGUCCCCGGCGUCGGAGCAGUGGCUGCCGCCACCGGAGCGGAGGGCGUACUGGCACUUCAACGUGGCGGGGCUGACGCUGGUCCUGCGCGCGGUGGCCGCCGUGACGGCGAGGGCCGGGCGUCUGGCCGGCCAAGGAACGGGAGGCCAUCGCAGCGCCGCCGCCCUCGCCGGCCAGCCCGGCGGCGAGACGAGAACGGUGGUGGAGAACCAGAGCUAUCGCCUCCCCACAUCUGUGCGCCCUUCCAUGUCGUAG